AUGCAGGGAUUCUGGGAUUGUAUGAGCCUGUGGAAGCUUCUGUUGAAAGGCAAGAAGGGUUGCCAUGUGAGUUCGUGCAGAGUUCGCCGGUUGAUGAAGAAGAAGUUGCCACAAGCUUGGAGGAAGUCAGCGGUUGAUCUGGAGGACUGCCUGAAGCAAGAGCGCUCCUUGUACAAGCAGGCCAAGCACACCUACGCAGCUCAAUGGAGGAAAGACUUCUUGACAGUCCAAACCAAGGACGCAAAGAAGCAUCAGUGGAAGUCUCGGAAGGCCCGUGAUAGAUUUUUUCGGUUACAACAAAUGAAGCAAAGAGAGGAGGCGAGACACCGUUGUUGCGCCCAGAGCAAAGGAUCUACAGGGGACCUUCAGGCUAUUCAAAUUGAAGAACACUUAUCAGAUGGUACUACGAGUCUCCGGACCAUCACUGACCGCCGCCUGGUAGAAGAUGGGUGCAUGCAAGAAACACGGCACGCUAUGAUCAAACACGAGCGCCGGCACUCUCCAGUCCACUUGCAAGUCUCCAAGGAUGAUCACGUGUACUUCUGGCCGCGUAACCCUGAGAAUAAAGGAUCCAAACCUCAUGGACUACAUAAUGGACACUUUAAGGCGGCUAUCCAGUCUCCAUCUAUAGCGUACUGUGAUGCCCUCUUCCGGAACAUUCCUCUCACCACAGGGUUUGUUCCUCUUCAAUGGCAAAACCUGAUGAACUUUGCCAUUAAAAAGAAGCCGGGAGACUUCCGCCUAUCUAAAAUGCGCACCAUCCAGCUGAUGAAUUCCGAGGCCCAGGCAAACAAUAAGAAGGCGGGCCGUGCAGCCAUGCAAUUUGCCGAAGCGCACUCCUUGAUACCCGACGGGCAAUGCGGCUCAUGCAAACGUCAUCAAGCAAUUGACCUGGCCUUGUCUAAACAAUUAGUGUGGGAUCUACUGAUCCUUCAACGCCGCGCAGCGGGGUGGAUCUCGAAUGAUGCCAAGUCCUGCUUUGACUGGGUGGCCAUCGUCACAAUGUUGCUGUUUGGCUUGACAUGGCAUGUCCUAUCAUCGAUGUUCAACAUGCUCUCCUUCGCUACCCGCCGUAUUUGCACAGGUUUUGGUGACUCCAAGAGAAGCUUUUGCCCUCCGUCAGCGGUGCCAUUCCAAGGUUGUGGGCAAGGGAAUGGUGCCGCCCCCCAUUUGGAUCUCGGUGACACAGUCCAUCACUCUGGGGAGGAUAUUUGCGCCUCAGUCCAGGCUGCUGCCACCUUGUGGUUGGGGGGAAUUCGGGCAACAGGUGGUGCAAUCAAUCCGGAGAAGUCCUUCUGGUGGCUUAUUGACUUUGAAUGGGAUGCUCGCAAUGGUCAGUGGAGAUUCUGUAGGAAAUGCUCCGCGGCACCGGAAUUCGACCUUAAGAUACCGGGGUUAUACAGUGACAUUGAACCCCUUCGUCGCCUUGAACCAGAUGAUUCCGAACGUACUCUGGGGGUGAUGUUGUCGCCACUGGAAAAUCACAACGCACAAGAGGCACAGUUGGUCUCUAAAGGCCUUGGUGUUCCUCACCUCUUUGGCAAGCAAGUGUACAAACACUUGGAGAUGAUCCUGCGCCAUAUGUUGGGGGGUACAAAGCCUGGAGCCUACAUGGACGCCAAUCUCCAGGCUCACCAACUGGAAACCGGUACCUCCUUUGGUCUUCUACAGCAAGAUUACCAGAAUACAUCCAUUCUUGCUUCUGAUACCUGGCUUAAAAGGGUAUGGAAGGAGCUUGAAUCUCUGGAUAUGUAUGUGGCCUUUGACUCUCCGGCCCUAUCUUUAAGGUGGCAUCAUGACGCCCUCCUGAUUGACUUGUUCAUUGAUCUUGAGGUUGAUCAGGACGACCUUCUCUGGCUUAACUGGUGCCGGAUGUUCCUGCAAGUAGCCACAGUAUCAGAUAUCACUACGGCUGAUGGCCGCUAUAUCCGGCAAUGCAUCUGGAACGGUUUCCGCGACGACACUUAUCGGACUCCAUAUAACUGGCCUCGAACGGUACGACCCGGGCGUCCAUAUUGGGAACUCUGGCAAAGAACACUGUCCCGCGCGCUCUUGCCUUCACACGGUCAGCACCACCCUCUGCUCCAACCCCUGGGGCAUUGGCACGACAACUUUGAGUCUUGGAACUGGCUCUGGUCGCCGACUGUUGGUUUGUUUCAUCGGGAGGGGGCUGCAUGGACCCAUCUUGCUCUUGCAGGUUCCUCUACAAUUUCUCGGCGCUAUGCUCCAUCUGGCAGUCACAGUGGGACGGAUAGCCUACAAUGA